CAUGAUGUCCGUCUCUAGUUUUACAAAACACACUGGGAUCUGAAGGCAUCUCAACCACGACAGCAUGGAACCGGCAUCAGGACCAGCGUCCCUCCUCCACCAGGUCUUUCGGCUAUAUAUCCAUAUCUCCUCGGCGCGGAACUUUUCUGACUCAGCCGGUGCCCUAUCUGCGCUUAUAGCGACCGAAUACUUUCGCUUCGAAACUUGGGUGCAAGCCAGCGGGCUCGUCCACAAAGAUGCUGGAUCCGGGGAGCCCAUUUUGCCCGAGUACGCGCUGAGACGAUGCAUCCUGCUCGCUGCCAACGCCAACUGCGCGACGAAAGACUAUAAGGAGGUGGAAGAGAUAGUUCUGAGAAUCCUGACCCAGGUGUCCAUGUGCCUCCAGAAACUCAACAAGCUGAGGGGCAGGUAUGCCCUGGAUCUCACUUCUCCUGGCCCCUCGCCGCCCCCUGCUGGCGCGUCGGCGGCCGUCCCGCCACCACCUGUGUCAACUGGAGUGCCCAGUCUCGAUUCGUUCUUUUCCAGCUCGUGGGCCUCUUUAGCGCUGUCUCGGGAUGCUGCCAUCCGGCAGGAGCGAAGCCGGACCGUGAGCUUCUUCCGCAAGGUCAACUUCAGCUGGUCGUUUUCCGACGACACGAGUGACCGGCUGAAGAUCGAGCAGACACUGGCGACAUUGAAGAAUCUCAACGACUCCCUGGAAUCGAUCCUUCCACCGCCCUCUUCUCGAGUCGGCAACAACGGGAUUGAUCUGACUAGGAAGAUUAUUAACCUCAAGAUGCUGUCCAUGACGGCCCACCCGACUGAAUUGCGAGCCAUUGGGAGGACGACGGCAGCACAUGCCGGCAACGGUGGCGAGCUCUAUGAGCAGAUACGCAACGCCGCCACGCUCAAGGCGAUGCAAGAGGAAGGCGUUCCACAAUCAGACCUACAAAGCGUCGUUAUUGAGGAGAAGAUGCUGGUCACGUCUCCUGGUACGCCCUACACUCAGUGGCAGCACAAACACACACGCACCAUGUACCAGCUGCAAACGAACGGUCCAACCUCCACGGUUCUGGUAGAAGGGACGCAGUUUCCCGAUUCUCUGCCCGACGCCGAUAUACAGCUCCUCCACCAACGGAUCGCCACCCUCGCCUUCCUCCUCAAGCUCGCAGGACAGCCCUAUUUCAAGACGCUCCCUCACUGUCAUGGCUACGUCCGCCACAGCCACACCAAGUUCAGCCUCGUCUACAACCUUCCGGACUGGGCCGACCCAAGCCGCGAUCCAGUCCCGCUUUUCUCUCUCCUCCCAAACAACAACAAGCGCGACCUCGCCGCUUUCGGCAUGGGCAAGCGCAUCAGCCGCAGCACCCCCCUCCCCACCCUUGAGGAGCGCUACCGUCUUGCCCACGCAAUAGCCGACGCCGUCCUCUCGCUCCUCGGUGUCUCCUGGGUCCACAAGAGCAUCUGCAGCUGGAACGUCCUGCUCUUCCGGUCGUCGCAGGGCGGCGGCGCGAGCAAGACCGACUUUGCCCGGCCCGUCAUCACCGGCUUCGGCGUCUCGCGCCGCGAGAAGCUGUCCGAGGACACGGUCGACACGCGCGAUCGAGACUCGCCGCUCGGGCUGUGGCAGCACCCGGACCUGCGCCGCGACGCCCACACGCGGUUCCAGCAUAGGCACGACAUUCACGCGCUGGGGCUGGUGCUGUUCGAGAUCGCCAUGUGGCAGGACCUGCCCAGCUUCGACACGGGCGGGGACCUGCUGAGGCGUGUGCUGAACUGUUCGGAUUUCGUCGCGCACAGGAUGGGCACGACGUAUCGGGAUGCCAUGAUGGCGUGCUUGGAGGAUGAGUCCCGGUGGGAAGAGACGGGUGUUCAGGGACAGGAGGGGGGGAUGGCGUUGGUAUUCGCAGAGGAGGUCGUUGUUAGGCUGCUGCUUUGUGUUGAGGGUCUGUGAUUGUGAUUAUUUACAGACUGGAAAUGGAUGGGUGUGAUCUGACGCAUUGAGCCAUCACACCGUAACACUUAUCUCUCCGUCCACCCCCAUUGAUGCCCUCACGCACGUGUCGUCGUCCUCGUCCUCUGUGUCGUCGUCGUCGUCCCCCCCACUCACCACUACGGGCACAAGAAACCUCCUCCCAGCCUCCAUAUCCAUAGUUCCACUUUUCGCGAGAGCCUGAGC